AGCAUUUGCAAAACAACAAGUUCAGACUUCAGACUCAUUUCUAAAAGAGAACAUAUAUACCAAGUUCAACUAAUAUGGGAACAACAACAUCAACAAUGGAAAACGAUAUAGAAUCGUCAGUAAGAAAAUUAUUCGGAAACAAUGUUUAUGACGAGGAGAUGCCGAUUCCGAUAUCGUCAUUAGAAUGCAUGGAGAAUAAGUCAACAACAGCACUGCAUGCACCAGAAGAAAUAUGUCUUACUAUUGUUGAUUCAUCACCUGACCAUCAUUUCCUGCAUAUUAACAAUGAGUAUAAUUACGAAUUGGAGUAUAUGACUGUCGAUACACCAAAGAUCCAGCUGCAGCAUAACAACGUCACGGAUGAUGACUACAAUUGUACCGAGUAUAUGGCUAGCGAUAUCCCAGUUGAGAUCAUCAAGGACAACGGCGUUACCUCCGAAGAGAAUGGAGGCCAAACGGACCAUAUAAAGAAGUACCAGUUACUGUAUAAAGCAGCAUUAAAAGGUGACUGGCUAACGGCUAAAAGGAUUUUGAAGGCUGAUUCAAAUGCAAUAACUGCAAAGAUAACAAUGAAUGAUGAGACCGUACUGCACGUAGCUGCAGCGUCGAGGCAUUCAAUGUUUGUUGAAAAGCUUGUGAAACUCGUGCCGUCACUUGCAUUGAAGAACUCUGAAGGAGAAACGAUGCUUCAUGUUGUAGCAGCUGCAGGAAUCAUCAGAGCUGCCAAGGUUAUGGUGACUAAGAACCCUAACUUGACACAAAUGCCAGAUGCCAGUGGCUGGGUUCCACUAGUAACUGCUGUUUACACUGCUAACCCACUGGAAGAGAAAAGUAAGAAGAUGGUCCAUUAUCUUUGCAGUGUCACUAGAGAUGAGGAGCCAAGUCCAUAUUUUGGCGUUGCGGGUGGUAGUCUAAUCAGUAUAACAAUUGCUAGUAAUUUAUAUGAUGUUGCCUUGAAUCUGGUCCAGCAAUAUCCCAGUCUGGCUACUGAAAAAAAUGAAUCUGGAUAUAGUGCACUGGAAGUGAUGGCGGCAAGGCCUUCUUCAUUCGCGAGUGGCAGUGAGGCAACAACAUGGGAACGCUUCCUCCGCUCAUUUCGCGUGCAAAUACAUGAGGAGGAUUUGAUGCAUACACAAGCCUUGGCCUUAGUCAAAUGCAUUUGCAAAGAAAUUUCUCUUAAGAGCAGCACAGAUAUUUUUAAAUUUUUUGAAGAUUCACACAUCUUAGAGGAAGCUACAAGAUUUGGGGCAUUCUAUAUAGUACUGGAGUGUGUUCAGAUGUUUCCUGAUCUAUUAUGCGUUAAAAUGAAGACCAACUAUACUAUAUUAGAGGAAGCAAUAAAAUACCGGCGAGAAAAUAUGUUUAAUCUUAUAUGUGAAAUGAAUGCGGGUAAAAAGUUGGCUACCUCCGUAGAUGGCAACAAUAACACCAUACUGCAUUUGGUCGCAAAGAGAGCAGAUCCUCAGCAACUCAAUUCAGUUACAGGCGCAGCUCUUCAAAUGCAACGAGAGCUUCAGUGGUAUCAGGAGGUUGAGAAUAUUGUAUUACAAAGACAUAGACAAAAGAAAAACAAUGAGGGCAAGACACCUAGAGCUCUAUUUACAGAAGAACACAAGGAUUUGUUGGAGAAAGCAGAGAAAUGGAUGAAAGAUACAGCCAAUUCAUGCAUGAUUGUGGCCACGCUCAUCACUACUGUAGUUUUUGCUGCAGUUUUUACAGUUCCAGGAGGCAAUUUCAGUGACAUUGCUAGCCGUAAAGAGGGAAUUCCAAUUUUUUUGAACACAACCUCAUUCACUGUGUUUGCAAUUGCAGAUGCCUUAGCUCUCUUAUCUUCCAUCACAUCAGUACUUAUGUUCUUUUCUAUCUUAAGUUCGCGUUACGCUGAAGCGGAUUUCCUCUUUUCGCUGCCAAAAAAAUUGAUCACUGGUUUCGUAACUCUCUUCUUUUCUAUAGCUGCCAUGAUUGCAGCCUUUGGAGCAGCACUUUCUAUUGUGCUUGAGCAAAGAUGGGCAUGGGCUCCAAUUCCUAUAGCAUUGUUUACGUGCAUACCUGUUGCACUGUUUGCGUUAUUGCAGAUUCCGUUGUUUGUUACAAUCGUUCGUUCUACGUAUGGGCCUAGCAUCUUUCGGAGAAAGGACCAGCGCAUGCAGUGGACUUAUUAGGGAAGGAUGUCAGUAAUAUUUGCAGGUCUCAAAACAGCGUAUUUUGAGAUUCUAACUGAUCAAAUCAGUUAAGUGAGACGUAUACAAUGUGUGUACAUAUUUCAUCAUCCGCCACGUGUCUAUGGAGAAACACGUGGAAAACAUACAAUCCGGGGCAUCAAGGUGUGAUGCCACGCGCAUACAGCCAAGAGACGUGUCUCCUCAGGGCAAGGCCCUCAUCCAACAGAUCCAAUGGCGAAGAAUCGAGGAGUACCGAAAUAUAAUGCCAUUGCAAAGCACUGAAAAGCAUCCAAAGACUUACUUUAUCCCAUCUCAAGAAAGAUCCAAGAUCAGCGGCUGGGGUUAAUCCGACUGACACGGAUAUGACAGGAGCAGAGGACGUCUGUCUGGCGCGUACAGACGACCCAACCACCCGCAUUAAACGCCCUGAGCAGUAUACGUGUCGACCAACCUAUGGAAGACACGAUGACAACUCUUCGUCAUCAAGCAGGGAACGCUGGGGGAAUCGUAGAAGACGAAGAUAUCUGCGGUAUUGACACAAAGCACAAAACGAUAAGAUUAUAACGGCCUUCAGAAGUGGACCCCACGUUGUAACCCUAUAAAUACCCCUCUCCACUAAGAGAGAAGGGGUCGACCAAUCCAUAACAAUUAGAGGAGAACAUAGGAGAGAGAAAUAGGAAGAGUAAGUAAUCCCUUAUUUCCGCUGACCUAUGUACACUUUAAAGUCAUUCGACUAUCUUUAUAACCACUCAAUACAUAG